GGGGAUUAUGUGUGGAUGGACCUCAAAACCGGUCGGGAAUUUGAUGUCCCCAUUGGAGCGGUGGUCAAACUGUGUGACUCUGGACAGAUCCAAGUUGUGGAUGAUGAAGGCAACGAGCACUGGAUUUCCCCGCAGAAUGCCAGCCACAUCAAACCCAUGCACCCCACCUCCAUCCACGGAGUGGAGGACAUGAUCCGGCUGGGGGACCUGAAUGAGGCAGGAAUCCUUAGGAACCUGCUGAUCCGCUACCGGGAGCAUCUCAUCUAUACAAACUGCGGCGGGAGGACAUAUACUGGUUCAAUACUGGUGGCAGUAAACCCCUACCAGCUUCUACCCAUCUAUUCACCGGAGCAGAUACGGCUGUACACCAACAAAAAGAUUGGGGAAAUGCCACCACACAUCUUUGCGAUUGCUGACAACUGCUACUUCAACAUGCAGCGCAACAACAAGGAUCAGUGUUGUAUCAUAAGCGGUGAAUCCGGGGCAGGGAAAACAGAAAGCACAAAACUGAUUCUUCAGUUCCUGGCAGCAAUCAGUGGUCAGCACUCCUGGAUUGAGCAGCAGGUCCUGGAGGCAAAUCCUAUCUUGGAAGCUUUUGGGAAUGCAAAGACGAUCCGUAAUGACAACUCCAGCCGAUUUGGGAAGUACAUUGACAUCCACUUCAACAAAAGGGGAGCCAUUGAGGGAGCCAAGAUUGAGCAGUACCUGCUGGAGAAGUCCCGGGUCUGCAGACAGGCCCAGGACGAGAGGAAUUACCACGUGUUCUACUGCAUGCUGAGAGGAAUGACAAUGGAGCAGAAGAAGAAGCUGGGUCUUGGGAAAGCCACAGACUACAACUAUCUUGCAAUGGGUAAUUGCACAACCUGCGAUGGCAGAGAUGACAGCAAGGAAUACGCCAACAUCCGCUCUGCCAUGAAGGUCCUUAUGUUCACUGACACAGAAAACUGGGAGAUCUCCAAGCUGCUGGCUGCCAUCCUGCACAUGGGGAACCUGAAGUAUGAAGCUCGGACCUAUGACAACCUGGAUGCUUGUGAGGUUGUGCAGUCAGCGUCACUGAUCACUGCAGCAUCAUUGCUGGAGGUUGAGCCUCAGGAUGUGAUGAACUGCCUCACCAGCCGAACUAUAAUCACCAGAGGUGAGACUGUCUCAACUCCUCUCAGCAUGGAACAAGCACUGGAUGUGAGGGACGCUUUUGUAAAGGGAAUUUAUGGGCGGCUCUUUGUGUGGAUCGUGGAGAAGAUCAACGCUGCAAUUUACAGACCUCCUUCACAGGAACUCAAAAGUGUUAGAAGAUCCAUCGGCCUCCUUGACAUCUUUGGCUUUGAGAACUUCACUGUGAACAGUUUUGAGCAGCUGUGCAUCAACUUUGCAAAUGAGAACUUGCAGCAGUUCUUUGUGCGUCACGUUUUCAAACUGGAGCAGGAGGAGUACAACCUGGAGAACAUCAACUGGCAGCACAUCGAGUUCACUGAUAACCAGGAUGCUUUGGAUAUGAUUGCCAUCAAACCCAUGAACAUCAUCUCUCUCAUUGAUGAGGAGAGCAAGUUCCCCAAGGGUACAGAUGCCACGAUGUUACACAAGCUGAACUCCCAGCACAAGCUGAACACCAACUACAUUCCUCCAAAGAAUAACUAUGAAACCCAGUUUGGCAUUAAUCAUUUUGCUGGAAUAGUUUACUACGAAACAAAAGGUUUCUUGGAAAAAAACAGGGACACAUUGCAUGGAGACAUCAUUCAGCUGGUGCAUUCGUCAAAAAACAAGUUCAUCAAACAGAUUUUCCAAGCAGAUGUGGCGAUGUUUCUCUGUGGCUAUGCAUCCAGCACUUUUGGCCAGUCGCCCACACCCACGCCAAAGGGAGCGGAGACGAGGAAGCGCUCACCGACUCUCAGCAGCCAGUUCAAGCGCUCCCUGGAGCUGUUGAUGAGGACUCUCAGUGUCUGCCAGCCCUUUUUUGUCCGCUGCAUCAAGCCCAAUGAGUACAAGAAGCCCAUGCUGUUUGACCGGGAGCUGUGUGUCCGUCAGCUGAGGUACUCAGGGAUGAUGGAGACCAUUCGGAUCCGCCGGGCUGGCUACCCCAUCCGCUAUACAUUUGUGGAGUUUGUGGACCGAUACCGGGUGCUUAUGCCUGGGGUGAAGCCAGCAUACAAGCAGGGGGACCUGCGUGGGACAUGCCAGCGCAUUGCUGAAGCGGUGCUUGGAAAGGAUGAUGACUGGCAGAUUGGCAAGACAAAGAUAUUCCUGAAGGAUCACCAUGACAUGCUGCUGGAGAUUGAGAGGGACAAGGCCAUCACAGACAAAGUCAUCCUCAUCCAGAAGGUUGUGCGUGGGUUCAAGGACAGGUCCAAUUUUCUGAAAGUGAGAAAUUCAGUCCUGAUGAUUCAGAGAUACUGGCGUGGACAUAACUGCAGGAAGAACUAUGGUGCUAUGCGUAUUGGCUUCCUGAGACUGCAGGCCCUCUACAGAUCCCGCAAACUCCACAAGCAGUACCACAUGGCCCGCCGGCGCAUCAUCGAGUUUCAGGCCCGCUGCAGGGGCUACCUGGUCCGUAGGGCUUUCCGUCACCGCCUCUGGGCUGUCCUCACUGUGCAGGCCUACGCACGGGGCAUGAUAGCACGGAGGCUGUACAAGCGCCUCCGAGGAGAGUAUCAUCGGCGCCUGGAAGCAGAGAAACUUCGGCUGGCGGAAGAGGAACGGCUCCGAAAGGAGAUGAGUGCCAAGAAAGCCAAAGAGGAAGCAGAAAAGAAACAUCAAGUACGCCUUGCCCAGCUGGCCCGUGAAGAUGCAGAGAGAGAAGUAAAGGAAAAGGAGGAAGCACGUCGGAAGAAAGAGCUUUUGGAAAAAAUGGAGAGAGCGCGCAACGAGCCAGUGAAUGACUCAGAAAUGGUGGACAAAAUGUUUGGAUUCCUAGGGACUACCUCCUCCCUGCCCGGCCAGGAGGGGCAGGCACCCAAUGGCUUCGAGGAUCUCGAGCGAGCCCAGAAGGAGCUGGAGGAAGAGGACCUUGAUGCUGCAUUGCCUCUCCCUGAGGAAGAGGAGGAAGAUCUCUCAGAGUACAAAUUUGCCAAGUUUGCAGCCACGUAUUUCCAGGGCACGACAACACACACCUACAUUCGCCGACCUCUCAAGCAGCCUCUCUUGUACCACGAAGAUGAAGGAGACCAGUUGGCAGCACUUGCUGUGUGGAUCACUAUCCUCCGUUUCAUGGGAGACCUCCCUGAGCCAAAAUAUCAUACAGCCAUGAGUGAUGGUGGUGAGAAGAUACCAGUGAUGACGAAAAUCUAUGAAACUCUUGGGAAGAAGACUUAUAAGAAAGAACUGCAGGCUCUGCAGGGAGAAGGAGAGAGUACUCACAUUGACGGGCACAAGAAGAACAGUGUGCGGCACAAACUGGUCUCCUUAACACUCAAGAAGAAAUCCAAACUGACAGAGGAGGUGACAAAAAGACUUCAUGACGGGGAAUCAACACUCCAAGGUAAUAGCAUGCUUGAAGACCGACCCACAUCCAACCUGGAGAAGCUCCAUUUCAUUAUUGGUAAUGGCAUCCUCAGGCCAGCAUUAAGGGAUGAAAUUUAUUGUCAGAUCUGCAAGCAGCUGACUCAGAACCCAUCCAAAAGCAGCCAUGCCAGGGGCUGGAUCCUGAUGUCCCUCUGUGUAGGGUGUUUUGCUCCUUCUGAGAAGUUUGUAAAGUACUUAAGGAACUUUAUCAAUGGAGGCCCUCCUGGUUAUGCUCCCUACUGUGAAGAGAGGCUGCGGCGGACGUUUGCCAAUGGGACAAGGACACAGCCACCAAGCUGGCUGGAACUGCAGGCAACCAAGUCCAAGAAGCCAAUCAUGCUGCCUGUCACAUUUAUGGAUGGGACAACAAAAACACUGCUGACAGAUUCUGCGACCACUGCUAAAGAGCUCUGUAAUUCAUUGGCUGACAAAAUCAGCCUGAAGGACCGAUUUGGCUUUUCACUUUACAUUGCACUUUUUGACAAGGUUUCUUCCUUGGGGAGUGGCAAUGACCAUGUGAUGGAUGCUGUGUCCCAAUGUGAGCAGUAUGCCAAGGAGCAAGGAGCACAGGAGCGCAACGCACCGUGGCGGCUCUUCUUCAGGAAGGAGAUCUUCACUCCUUGGCACAACCCAAGUGAGGACAAUGUGGCCACCAAUCUCAUUUACCAACAAAUUGUCCGAGGGGUGAAGUUUGGGGAAUACCGGUGUGACAAGGAAGAAGACCUGGCAGAACUGGCUUCCCAGCAGUACUAUGUGGACUAUGGGUCAGAAAUGGUACUGGAAAGGCUGCUAAAUCUAAUUCCAUCCUACAUCCCAGACAGAGAGAUCACUGCAUCAAAAACAGUGGAGAAAUGGGCUCAGCUCAUUAUAGCUGCACAUAAAAAGGGAAUUUAUACUCAGAAGAGAACAGACCCCAAAAAAGUCAAGGAAGAGGUGGUGGAUUUUGCACGUUUCAAGUGGCCUUUGCUGUUUUCUCGGUUUUAUGAAGCCUUCAAAUUCUCAGGGCCAAGCUUACCUAAAAAUGAUGUGAUUGUGGCUGUCAAUUGGACAGGGGUGUAUUUUGUGGAUGAACAGGAACAAGUUCUCUUGGAGCUCUCUUUUCCAGAGAUCACAGCUGUGUCAAGCAGCAGAGGAGGAAAGCUGCAAGGGCAGAGUUUCACCUUGGCCACCAUUAAAGCAGAUGAAUACACUUUCACCUCCAACAAUGCAGAGGAUAUCCGGGACCUGGUAGUGACAUUCCUUGAGGGACUAAGAAAAAGAUCCAAGUAUGUGGUCACUCUCCAAGACAACCCAAACCCUGUGGGAGAAGAAUCUGGGUUCCUCAGCUUCCUCAAAGGAGAUCUCAUAGUUCUUGAUCAAGACACAGGAGAACAUGUGAUGAAUUCAGGGUGGGCGAAUGGAUUCAAUGAACGAACCAAGCAGAAAGGGGAUUUCCCAACAGAUUCUGUCUAUGUCUUGCCUACUGUCACCUUGCCUCCCCUGGAGAUUGUGGCACUGGUCACAAUGACUCCUGACCAACGACAGGAUGUUAUCAGAACCUCCCAGAUGGCAAUUUCAGACAGUGAAGAGAGAGUGAAGCCAUACACCUUGGAGGAAUUUUCCUAUGAUUAUUUUAGGCCUCCACCUAAGCACACCCUGAGCAGAGUUAUGAUCACCAAGAGCCGUGGGAAGGACAAGCUGUGGUGUUACACCCGGGAGCCCAUCAAGCAGCCCUUGUUGAAGAAGAUCCUGGGUAGUGAGGAGCUGUCCCAAGAAGCUUGCAUGGCCUUCAUUGCAGUGCUAAAGUAUAUGGGUGACUACCCAUCCAAAAGGACCCGCUCAGUCAAUGAGCUGACAGACCAAAUAUUUGAAGGUGCCUUGAAAGCUGAGCCUCUGAAGGAUGAAAUCUACUGCCAGACCCUGAAACAACUCACUGACAACCACAUCAAGUACAGUGAGGAGAAAGGCUGGGAGCUGCUGUGGUUGUGCACAGGCCUUUUUCCUCCAAGUAACAUCCUCCUGCCCCACGUCCAGAGGUUUCUUCAGUCCCGGAAACAUCACCCAUUGGCAGCAGACUGCAUCCAGAGACUCCAGAAAGCCCUAAGGAAUGGGUCCAGAAAGUACCCUCCCCAUCUUGUAGAAGUGGAAGCCAUUCAACACAAAACCACCCAAAUUUUCCACAAGGUUUACUUUCCUGAUGAUACUGAUGAGGCAUUUGAGGUGGAGUCCAGCACAAAAGCAAAGGAUUUCUGCCAGAACAUCUCCAACAGACUGCUCCUAAAGUCCUCUGAAGGCUUCAGUCUCUUUGUCAAGAUCUCUGACAAGGUCAUAAGUGUGCCCGAGGGAGAUUUCUUCUUUGACUUUGUGAGACACCUGACAGACUGGAUAAAGAAAGCAAGACCAGCAAAAGAUGGUAUAGUGCCUUCUCUCACCUACCAAGUGUUCUUCAUGAAAAAGCUGUGGACCAACACAACUCCUGGAAAGGAUUCAAUGGCAGAUUCGAUCUUCCACUAUUAUCAGGAGUUACCAAAGUAUCUACGUGGUUACCACAAGUGUACACGGGAAGAGGUCCUGCAGCUGGCAGCUCUCAUCUAUCGAGUGAAAUUUGAGGAUGACAAGUCCUAUUUCCCUAGCAUCCCUAAGCUCCUGAAGGAGCUGGUGCCUCAGGACCUCGUCCGGCAGCUCUCUCCAGAUGACUGGAAACGGUCCAUUGUGGCAUACUACAAUAAGCAUGCAGGCAAAACAAGAGAAGAAGCCAAGCUUGCCUUCCUAAAGAUUAUCUUCAAGUGGCCUACAUUUGGAUCAGCAUUCUUUGAAGUGAAGCAAACUACAGAGCCAAAUUAUCCAGAAAUCCUUCUAAUUGCCAUCAAUAAACAUGGAGUCAGCCUCAUCGAUCCCAAAACCAAGGAUAUUCUCAUCACUCAUCCCUUCACCAAGAUCUCCAACUGGAGCAGUGGCAACACGUACUUCCAUAUAACAAUUGGCAACCUGGUGAGGGGAAGCAAGCUGCUCUGCGAGACAUCCCUGGGCUACAAGAUGGAUGAUCUUCUGACCUCAUACAUCAGCCAGAUGCUAACAGCCAUGAGCAAACAGAGGAGUGCAAAGGGUAGCAAGUGAACUGCAAGAAGCCGCUGGCACGUGGUCAUGGGGCUAAUUCACCAGCUGAGGGCUGUGGGAUACCCAUGCAGCUGGGGGAGAACCUUUGCCUCCCAGAUGUGGAAGAUGAGCCGAACACCAUCAGGGAGCUCACUGGACUCUGACCUUGAGGGCUCCAAUCCCACCACCCCUUCCAGCGAAGAUGACUAUCUCUGACCUCCCAUCUUUCCUCCCCAUCCCGACUACACCUGGACCUCAAAGAAUUCCAGAGAACAACACUGCUCUCAAACAAUGACUUGAGCAAAAAGACUCUGGCAGGAGGUUUGCCUGGACCCAAUGGCUGGCAUCGCAAAGGUUCUGGGAAGAGGAUUUGUGUGUGUGUGUGUGUGUGGCUUGGUUUGGUUUGGUUUGUGUUGUGUUUUUUUUAAGUGACGAGACAACAGUUGGGAUGCUAAUGCCUUUUGGUGAUCUUAUGGACAUUCUAGGUUUGAAGACAAGUAGCAGAGACCCAAUCCAUCCUGGAAAGGUGUCCAGUGAACACCGCAGGGCUUGUUUUUUGUUGUUAAAAAAGAAUACACUGUGUUCUCAAGGACAGAAAGAGAAAGCAGGCUGGGAGGAGCACAUUUUAACUACAAAUCAGAAUAAACAAACCACUGAUCGAACAUGUUAGAACAUUAAAGUGCUGUCUGUGCAAUGCUGGAAAUAUUUAACGAACAAAUUUUAAAGUUUUGUUUCUUCUUCUAUUUAUUUUUUAAAAUAUUAAAAAGAAAGAAAUCUUGCAUUUUGUGCCGAUAUCUGGACAAUGCCUUGGGGCUGAGGUCGACCUGCAGGACAAUCCCUCACCCAAGGAUUCCCCUGGAAACAUGACUGCCAGCAUCUAAGGCACAUCUGUCCCAGUUAAGAGCUCAGCUGGAAAUGAAGCGUGGAAGAUGAAUUACCUCCUUUUGCCUCAUGUCCAGACAAGUUAACCCUGGGAGGAUCUUUUCCACAAGCUUCAGUAUGGAUGUGGGGGUUUUGGAGUUCCCACUCUUGGAAGACUAUGAUCAAGCCCAUGUGCAGAAAGGAUUCUGACCUUAACGGGGACUUGGACAUCAACAUUGGAAACAGCUAAUGAUUAGCUAAUGAUUUUGUUGUGCUUUUGUGUGUGUCACUGUAUAAAAUGGCUCUCUACCAGCCCCAGCUGGAGCCUGAACCACUCACAAGCAAGGCAGGCCCUUGGUCUCAGUGGGCUUUUCUCUGUCUUCGGUUGACCAUACUCAUCUGCUGGGUGCUUGUCUCAUCUUCCACCCAGCAGCAUGCAGUGUGGAGCAGCUGGACCGGAGAUGGGACCUGCCAGCAGAAAGGAGGCUAACCCACACUGUGUGGGGAAGAACAGAGGGGAAGGGGCAUGGGGUGCCUUUCCAAAAUCCAGGCUUCAAAGGAUCAGGUGCCUGGGUACAUGGUACCAGGAGAUAUGAGAAGUGUCCACCAAGAUGUGAUGCUGUUGUCACUAAUGCUGAGUGGCUCCCAGUAGAUGUGAGAAAACUCUCUUGGUCCUGUGCAUUGGGCUGAGCUCAGCUGCACUCAUAGAAGUCAAUACUGUAUGGUACCAUGUGUUGCUGGAGCUCAGCUGGGCUCGGUUCCUCAACACCAUGGCACUGCUUGUUGAACCACAAGGACAAAAGCAUGUGGCUGGGAUGCAGCAGUGACAUUGGACCUUGGUUUUUCUCCCAAAGCAAACACAAUGCUGCAUGGAGACAUUCACCCACUGGACAGAGCUGCCACGAGAUCCCCUUCCUUCAACCUCUCCCUGCCCGUGGCACUUUGUUGAUGGGAUUGUGGUAACACCAGCUAAGGCUGCACUGGGAGCCUUGUCUCCCAACAACCAUCUCCAAUGCUCUUCCUCCCUCCCUAGCUGCCAUGAUCUGGCUGGCCCAGGGAUCCCACUCACUCCUAGACAAGUUUUCAUUAUCCUUACCACCACCACCACAACUUUCUUGAGUUUCCUGCCAUCUUUGCCUCUCCCCACAAGCUCAGUACACAUCGUAGAAAUGUUUUUCAGUGCUGUCCUGGGGAGCUCUCCCCCUCAGAACUCCCUUGUCCCCUCAUUCACAGCUCUGUUGGCCUCCCAUACACCCUAUCACUUUGGGGGUGCUGGGACUCUGUGUGUGUGUGCCUGUGUGUCAUAUGUAUUAGCAUCUGCUGGCCUCUUUGUAUUUACACGAAACGAUGUAACAUGCAAAAACAUAUGUCCAAGUGAAAUACUCUAAUUAAAAGGCAUAAAGUGGCUUGU